CAACUCUACAACGGGGAAAUUCGCGUAGUAAUUUAGAUUUACGCGUCGCACCGGUCUAACCUCUCUACAGAGUCACGCAGAUUCGCUGAAAAGUGUUGUGGUGGACAGUCAGGGCUGCGACUGGUGAUUUUGAGCCUCGAUCUUCCCACCUCCAAUCUAGGGGCGCGACUACAACGAGCGCGACGAGCGCAAAGGCGAAAACUGAGCGCGGCGGAAGCUGUGCUGCCCAAUCCAAUAACUGAAGACAAGGCCCAUCGUACUCUUCAUACGGCUACUUAUGUUGAGGUGACACGGAAUCGCGCUGCUGCUUUGCGAACAGACGAGCUCACUUCGAAUUCACGUCCCAUAACGAUACGAAUCGCAACCCCUACACCACUCAUGCACCCCGCUACUCCUGGCUGAGACCAUGGCGGCCGCGAUGCUAUUGGAGGAGCAGGUGCAGCAGAGCAUGCCGACGUCGGAGGACGAUGCAGAGUAUGAGGAGGACUACGACCAAGACGUGGACAUGGGCGCGAAUGCUGAGGCGUUUGCCGCGAAUAACCAGCUACUGAAUGGAGUUCACAAUAACCAUACGAAUGGGAGCGCAUAUGAUGAACACGGAGAUGAAAAUAAUGAGGAGGAAGAUGAAGACCAUAGGCAGGAAGAUGACCUGUCAGAUAGAGAUGCGGAGGGGGAAGACGACUACGAGCAGGACCAUGGAGAUACCAUUAGAAUUAGCAUGGGGGGCGAUGGAGCCAUGGACGACGAGGAAGAAAAUGAAGAUGACGAGGAUGGAGAGGGAGUCGGUGCUGUCAAGAUCCAGCCGAGGGAGCCGGAUGAUGAUGAAGACGACGCAGAAUUUGGACAAGACGAUGCCGAAGAAAGCGAAGAUGCGGUGGAUGAUGCGUCGCAUGACUCGAGUGAUGAGUCCGAAGUCGAGGCCGAGGCUGAAUGGGAGGCUGCUGUGGCGCAAGACGACGAGGCUGAACCUAUCGAUCCUAACCGUUGCAUUUUUUGUCACCAAGACGAGGAGCAUGAUCCCAGCCCAGAGUUUGAGGAGUGCCUUGCUUGUGCUGUUUGUGGCGAUAAUGCACAUCGACAAUGCGCACGAGAUGCGGAAGCACUCGAAGCAGACGAAGAUGCUGCGAAAUGGCGAUGCCCAGGAUGUGUGUCCAAUGCCCUGGAACCGGAAACCGUAAACCAGGGAACUCCAUCGAGAGGGGCCAUUAAACCCGACUCGCAUUCCGUUUUCAACAACUUAAUUGUUGACGAUGACCCAAUGGAUGGCUCGAGAUUACUACGCAAGCGCAAAACCUCAUCUGCGGAGGCAGAAGAGGGCGUUAUAUCGUCCAUCGGCAAACGUCGCAAACGAACCUCGGACGGAUCUUCGAAUGCAAUAAUGACGGACGCCAAAGCAGCGGAGAAUAUUGAUAGCCACAAAGUAGAACCGGCCGAGGGGUUCAACAAUGGAAAUAAGGCCGCCGAACCCGCUACUUCUCGGCCAUCUCGUUCACUUCGGCCCCUAAAGGUUUCAAAGCCACCGGUAACGAUUGAAAAGCAUUCACAGACAAGCCUUAUUAUUCGGAUUCGAUUGAAUGCGACCGACUUGGCACGCAUCCUUGCUAACCCCCCUAAACCAGUGAAGAAGCGACCGAGAUCAACGCCAGCCGCACGUAGGGCGUCAACGUCAGCUCCGCCUCCGGCAUACAUACCGCGUAUCUAUUCUCAGCCAUUUUAUUCUUUCCACGAUAAAGACAUGGAUGAGCUGAAAUCGAAACCGUACGGUGGCAUACUCACAGAAGCGCAGUCAGAUACAACAAAAACGCUGCCCCAGGCCGAUGACCGUCGGAUGUUUGACAAUGCUCGUCAAAAGGCAGAAGAAGAGUGGGCGCACAAGACCGCCUUAGAACAUGGAGAGGCAGAAAACGUUAAGAAACCACGCAAGGUGUCCGGUCCAGCGUCCCAAAUUGAGUGUAUCAACUUCGGCGGCUAUGAGAUCGACACGUGGUAUGCGGCGCCCUACCCAGAGGAGUACAGUCGCAACCGUGUGCUCCAUAUUUGCGAAUUCUGUUUGAAAUACAUGAAUUCGGAAUAUGUCGCCUGGCGCCACAAGAUGAAGUGUUCAGCAAAGCAUCCGCCAGGAGACGAAAUUUACAGGGAUGUAUCCAUCUCAGUUUUUGAAGUCGAUGGGCGAAAGAAUCCGGUGUACUGCCAGAACCUAUGCCUCCUCGCGAAACUUUUCUUGGGCUCAAAGACUCUCUACUACGAUGUGGAACCGUUCCUAUUCUAUGUUAUGACAGAAUACGACGAGUUUGGCUGCCAUUUUGUGGGAUAUUUUUCCAAGGAAAAGAGGCCGAGCAGUCAAAAUAAUGUCUCGUGCAUUCUCACCUUGCCUAUCCACCAACGCAAAGGUUACGGCAAUCUUCUUAUCGAUUUCUCUUAUUUGCUUACCCUUGUGGAGAGAAAAUCUGGAUCUCCUGAAAAGCCACUUUCGGAUAUGGGCCUGGUGUCCUAUAGGAACUAUUGGCGACUUGUGUUAUGCUACAGAUUGCUGGAUACAAGAGAGGAGAAGAGGUCGAUAAGCGUGAUCGAACUAUCCCAACAAACCGGUAUGACGGCUGAUGACAUUGUCUCUGCCCUCGAAGGGCUUCGGGCUCUCGUUAGAGACCCAGUUACUGGCACAUAUGCUCUGAGACUCGACUACGACUUCUACGAAGAGUACAUCAAGAAAUGGGAGGACAAGAACUACGUCAGACUUAACCCGCACGGACUCGUCUGGACACCCUAUAUCAUGGGCCGCAACAACCAGAAUAUGAUAGAACAUGCCCCGCCUAUGAGCGCUAUUGCGCCGCGCGAGGAUGAGGAUGACGAGAAGCUGGCUGACGCCACGCAACCUGCUUUAACCAAUGGGGAUAUCGAAAGCGAACAAACCAACGGCUUAACAAAUGGCGCCUCUUUCGCCUCAUCAGAACAAGGUGACGAAAUGGUCCUGGACCCAUCCUUGGCUGAAACCCCUAUCAAAGGUCCUAGCCCAGCCACAGACACAACUUUCGUGCCUGCCUCUCCUUCAUCAAGCCGGCCGUCACUCCAACCUCUAACCAACGGCAGGCCCCACCCCGACUAUCCCCUCGCCAUCAACACUGCUGACGACUUCUCUCCCAUCCCCCCAUCCCGUUUCGAAAUCUACCCCCCAAUCAACGCCUCACGCAUCAAAGCCCCUCGACUCUCCCUCUCCCACCCCUCAGCCACGCCCCGCAGCGCCCGCCCAAGCACCGCACGCCGCGCCACAGGCUCGCGCGCGCUCUCAACGGGGUCAACUCGCAAAGCGUCGUGCUCGCAGCGUCCGACGGGUGGUACAGGACGCGGGCCUGGGCGCUGGCCGAAGGGGACUAAGAAGAGCGAUUUCGGGAAUGCGGGUAGCGGGCCUGGGUUACCGCCACGGCUGAAGGAGAAGAGUCGGCUUGGAGUCGAGGUGAGCCUUGGGGAGGGGCUGGAGGAGGGGAAGGAGGAGAGUAGCGAGGAGGAUGAGGGGAUUUUGUAUGGGACGCCUGGGAUGACUAGGCGGCGGAAUGGAGGGGGGCAGGGGAAGGGGAAGGGGAAGAUGGCGAUUAGCGAUGAAGAGGAUUUUGUGGUUGGGGAUGUCGAUGUCGAUGCUGAGGGGGGGGAUGAAUGAGAGAUGCUGGCUUGGAGAAGGUGUAUACUAUACGGCGUCGACAUUUAUUGCGCGGUGGGGAGUUCGCGGUGUUGUUUGGUGAAUGCUGGGUUAUAAUUCGGAAUCUCAUGAGGCGUUGGGUAUGGUGGACAAAUAGAGAUGCUAAGAUUGAGAACUGGAGGCGAUACAGAUAGGUGUUUUUGUAAACAUACGGUGGCUGCUCUUCAACUCAAAGUGUAAACGCUUAGUUGCACCUUCGCUCACAAUUCGGUUGACUUCAGGGGAUGAAGUCCGGUGGUUAAAAUAUUUUAAUGGUAGAAAUUUUAAACUUUUUAAAAAAUCAAAUCAAAUAAAUUUACAGCCA